CCAAAAUUGUAAGCAGAUUUCAACCCCUAAGAUUACCCGUCACCACAGCAACUGUGUGUGACCUGUGGCUCCCAACAGCAAGACCAUGUGAAUUCAAGGACAUCAGAGUGCAAAUUAAAAUCAUCAGUGGAGUUUGAAAGUCCUUCAGAGCCUGGGAGAGAUGGGGCUGUAGAACAAAGAUGUUCAGGAUGUGGAUCAACAGGGCGGGCUUAAUUUAAAAGGCAGGUUGGUUAUCAUAUGCAAAGCCAUAAAUUAUACCAUCUAUAUGAAAGAGCAGCAACGCCUUCUGUAUAUAUUUGCAGUCAACUUGCAACUGUCCCACCCAAGCUGGUCCACUCUCGGUCCACUCCAGGCGGUGACCUAGCGGCUUUAGGGGCCUGUUCUCCGGUGGUCUUUUAGUUUCCUACUCUUGCUGCUAACCCCCGAUUGGUAGGUAAAAGCAGGACCCAGGCUGGGGCCCGCUGGCUUCCGUGCAGUUUCUGGGCGCACCUGCCUGGCUGAGGCUCGCGGCGGGGCGUGGAGAGCCGCUGGGAGGCCGGGCCAGGGAAAGGAAGCGCGCGACGCGGCUUGACCCUGGUGGCGAUCCGUACCGCCCGGAGUCGUCGGCGGCAACAUGGCGGUCGCGCUCGUCCUAGAGAAAGUUUCUCCCGACGCCGUGCAGUGCGAGUGAGGGCGGUCUCGGUCUCUCGUCCCCACCGCUGACCCCCGCCGGGUGCCGAUUCGCAGUCAGACCCCUACGCCCUGUUGCUUUGCAAGCUUCGCCGCGGACGGAGCGAGGGUCGGGGCCACCGCCGGUCAGGUCACUAUAAAGCAAACCAGAGAAAAUGUUGGCGUAGGAGCUACCACCACAUGGGAUUUGUUGAAUGAAGUACAAGAAGUGAAUUUUGUGACGUGUGGGAAACCCCUGCAUUGCCAGAUUACAUGUGUAAAUCACUGCGUUACUGCUUCAGUCAUUGUCUCCACCUAGCAAUGACAAGGCUGGAAGAAGCAAACAGAGAAGUGAACAUGCACUCCUCCGUGCGAUAUCUUGGCUAUUUAGCCAGGAUCAACUUACUAGUGGCUAUCUGUUUAGGUCUUUAUGUUAGAUGGGAAAAAACAGCCAAUUCUUUAAUUUUGGUGAUUUUUAUUCUCGGCCUCUUUGUUCUCGGGAUUGCCAGCAUACUCUACUAUUACUUUUCAAUGGAAGCGGCAAGUUUAAGUCUCUCCAAUCUCUGGUUUGGAUUUUUGCUUGGCCUUCUAUGUUUUCUUGAUAAUUCAUCCUUUAAAAAUGAUGUGAAAGAAGAGUCCACCAAAUACCUGCUGCUGACGUCUAUAGUAUUAAGGAUAUUGUGUGCUUUGGUGGAGAGAAUUUCUGGCUAUGUCCGCCAUCGACCCACUUUAUUAACCACAGUAGAGUUUCUGGAACUUGUUGGGUUUGCCAUCGCCAGCACAACUAUGCUGGUGGAGAAAUCUCUGAGUGUUAUUUUGCUUGUCGUGGCUUUGGCCAUGCUCAUUAUAGAUCUGAGAAUGAAGUCUUUUCUAGCUAUUCCAAACUUAAUACUUUUCUCAGUAUUGCUAUUUUUCUCUUCAUUGGAAAUUCCCCAGAAUCCAAUUGCUUUUGCAUGCUUUUUUAUUUGCUUAAUAACUGAUCCUUUCCUUGACAUUUAUUUUAGUGGACUUUCAGUAACCGAAAGGUGGAAACCUUUUCUGUACCGUGGAAGAAUUUGCAGGAGACUUUCGGUGGUCUUCAUUGGAAUGAUUGAGCUUAUAUUCUUCAUUCUUUCAGCAUUUAAACUCAGAGACACACAUCUCUGGUAUUUUGUGAUACCAGGCUUUUCCAUUUUUGGAAUUUUUUGGAUGAUUUGCCAUAUUAUUUUUCUUUUAACUCUUUGGGGAUUUCAUACCAAAUUAAAUGACUGCCAUAAAGUAUAUAUCAAUCACAGGGCAGAUAACAAUAGCCUUGAUAGAAUCAUGGCAUCCAAAGGGAUGCGUCAUUUUUGCUUAAUUUCAGAGCAGUUAGUUUUUUUUAGUCUUCUUGCAACAGCAAUUUUGGGAGCAGUCUCCUGGCAGCCCACAAAUGGAAUCUUCUUGAGCAUGUUUCUUAUUGUUUUGCCACUGGAGUCCCUGGCUCAUGGGCUCUUCCAUGAACUUGGUAACUGUUUAGGAGGAACCUCUGUUGGCUAUGCGAUUGUGAUCCCUACCAACUUUUGCAGUCCUGAUGGUCAGCCAACACUGCUCCCACCAGAGCAUGUGCAAGAGUUAAAUUUGAGGUCUACUGGCAUGCUCAAUGCCAUCCAAAGAUUCUUUGCAUAUCAUAUGAUUGAGACCUAUGGAUGUGACUAUUCCACAAGUGGACUGUCUUUUGAUACUCUACAUUCCAAACUGAAAGCCUUCCUUGAACUUCGGACAGUCGAUGGACCUAGACACGAUACAUAUGUUUUGUAUUACAGCGGGCACACCCAUGGCUCAGGAGAGUGGGCACUAGCAGGUGGAGACAUACUUCGCCUUGAUACGCUUUUAGAAUGGUGGAGAGAAAAGAACGGUUCCUUCUGCUCCCGGCUUAUUAUCAUCUUAGACAGUGAGAACUCAACCCCGUGGGUGAAAGAAGUGAGAAAGAUUAAUGACCAGUAUAUUGCAGUUCAGGGAGCUGAGCUGGCAAAGACAGUAGAUAUCGAAGAAGCCGACCCCCCACAGCUGGGUGACUUCACAAAAGACUGGGUAGAGUACAACUGCAACCCCAGCAACAACAUCUGCUGGGCUGAGAAGGGCCGCACAGUGAGAGCCCUGUAUGGCGUGUCCAAGCGCUGGAGUGACUACACGCUGCACCUGCCAACAGGAAGUGAUGUAGCCAAGCACUGGAUGUUACAUUUCCCUCGGGUUACAUAUCCGUUAGUGCAUUUGGCAAACUGGUUAUGUGGUCUGAACCUUUUUUGGAUCUGCAAAACUUGUUUUAGGUGCUUGAAAAGAUUGAAAAUGAGUUGGUUUCUUCCCACAGUGCUGGACACGGGACAAGGCUUUAAGCUUGUCAAAUCUUAGUUUGGACACCAAGGAAAGAUACUAUUGAGUGUUCGUGUUACCAUUCAUCACUAACUUGCCAUUUUUUGUAUACUGUAUUUUUAUUUGUGGAAAAUAUCUUGCUACUUUUGUAGCUGCUCUCACUGUCUUUUCUUAAGUAAUUAUGGGAUAUGUAAGAUAUUGGGGGUAAGCAUGAUUUUGUACUAAAAGUAUACAGAGGGCCAUAAAAAUGCUGAAUGUAAAUGUGUAAGAGAUGUUAAAAAUAGCAGUGCACUUUCAAAUAUGUUUUCGUUUCUCUUCAAUGAAAAGAAAAACGGUUGUCUGUUCUCUGCACUGGCCAAUGAAGAAUUCUUAAUGCCUUAUUUUCUAGGCAUACAUUAGAGAACAUAGACUAAUGUGUUUACUAUUUUAAGAAAACUACCAAUUUACUUAAUAGAUGAUUCCUUCAUGUGUGUGACUCAUAGGUUUUGACCCCAAGACUGCAAAAGAAUAAACUCUUGGGGCAGGAAGAGACCUGCUCAUAAUGACUGCUACGUGCCCUUCCUCCAUCAUACCCAAAUGUCUUGGCUAUGACCUUUACCAGUACAGCAGAGAAGGCCAAAAUGCCUUUGAGAUGAAAACAUUGUUGAUGUAGGUAAUAAUAAGACUUUAGAGCCUACAAACUAUUUCUUCAUAUGUUAGUAAGGGACUCUGAAAAUACUGGUAUUUUAGAGUCUUUCUCAGGGUAACUUAUGUUUUCGUAAUGAGUAGUAUUUCCAAUACAAUUCCUUCCAAGUAAAUUGCCAUUCUUUUUACAAAGUACUAUUAUAGAAUAAAUGUAGCAAUUUCUCAUUGACCAGUUCAUUCUGUUUUAAGUAUCUCUGUGGAGUUAGUGCUCUGCCAUGAAAAUUAUUUUUCAGAUCCUAUUGUAAACUUUUCUGCUGAAGGUCAAAGGAUGGGAACAGAUCAUUUUUCUUUGUAUUCCUGUUUUGUAUUAUGUAAAAAAAAAGUAUUCAUGUUGGCAAUUUUAGGUAAGCAUAAUGGUGUGGUUGUAAUUGUUAAACUUUAAUUCAGUGUUUUGUUGAAGUAAAGUAGGCACUGAUCAGGAUAUCACCUUAAGAGGUAGUUUACUUCUUGCUUCCUUCCAAUAAUACUUAUAUUCUAAAUUUUCAUCUUUGAAAGAGGGAAUUAUAAAUAAAUUGGGAGAUUAGUUUUGUUAAAGUGAUGUGACUUCUCUCCAUUGAAGCCAUUUUCCAUCCCCAGAAAGAGGAGUUAAUGAAGCUACCAUUUUCUACCAACUUGAAAACUGAAGUUCUAUAGGAAGAAGUCAGAGCACCAGGGAACUUAUAUACCACUAUCUAUGCAGCAUUGCUACAGCCUGACUAUUUCUAUGUUUGGAAUAUUGUAUUCGUAAUACUUUGAAUAAAAUUUUGUUAAAGAUUAAAUUUUCAUUUAAUGUGAAAUUAAGAGUGCCUGAAUAUUUUACUAUAUUAAAGGUGGAAGUUAUGCAAAA